AUGGAGGUGAUUGUGGUGUGCCUUCUCCUCAUCUUCCAUAUUCCCUUAAUGAAUGGUGAAAUCCAGAAUUUAGAUGUAUUCUCCGAAUCACGAAAUGUCAUCAUGUUUGAAGAUUUCGGGUUUUCCAAAGGUGGUUGUAUCUCUAUUUCCCUUUCCUCUGUUUCUAUCUCGUCAAAAUCCACGAACCCUACCAACUCCUCCCUCAUGGGUUUCUUUUAUGCACCCUCCCCAGCUUUUAAUGCCCUAGAAGAUGCAUUAUUCAAUCAUUCAUGUAUCUUGGGAAAACCCUUCAUUUUCCCAAUUGUCACCUUCAAUGAACUCUCCAAUUCUUCUCUAACAUCCAUCAACAGAACCAUUCCCAUCACCAGCCCAGACCUAUAUUAUGUUUUCUUCCUAAACUGUGCCCCUGAAACCUUCAUUUCCAUGCAGGUAGAUCUCGAAACCUAUAACCUCAACCCUAAAGGUAAUAAAGACUUCAUUGAUGAACACUUCAUUGUCUCCCCAGCAAUCGGUUUCAGUUUAUCAGCUGUUUAUUUCAUCUUCUUGAUGUUAUGGAUAUAUGCAUGCUACAAAAACUCGCGGUUUGUUCACAGAAUCCACAUCCUCAUGAUGGCCCUGCUUCUCGUAAAAUCCUUGGAACUCUUUUUCAGAGAUGAAACUCAACGCUUUGUCAGGUUCACCGGCACUCCCCAUGGCUGGGACAUUUUAUGGUUAGCUCUAACCUUCAUCAGGACCCUGUUGUUCGAUAUUGUCUUCGUGCUAAUGGGAAGCGGCUGGUCACUACUAACACCAUGUCUACCAGACAUACAAAAACUUGUGCUGGCAUUAUCAGUUCUUAUGCAAUUGGUAGUUAACAUUUGCUUCAUCGUACUGCAAGGGAUGGGGCCGUUGAUCGAGAACUACAGCUACUGGGUUGUCACAUUCUAUGCCGUAGAUUUCACAUGUUCCAUGUUGAUUGUCUUCCCCGUCUCCCACACCAUCGACAACCUUAGAGAAACUUCCAAGACAGAAGGAAAAGAGGAAAUAAGCUCUUUUCAGUUGACGCUCUUCUGUUCUAUCUAUAUCUGUCUCCAAGCCUAUGUGUACAUCGAAAAAUUAGGGAUAUUCAUACUCAGAACUUUCCUGAGUUACAAUUUCUGGUGGGUUAGUGUUAUAUUGGAGCAAGCCAUUGAAGGUGGUGUUUACAUGGUGGCCUUUUACACGUUCCGGCCUAACGAAACGAACGAUUACUACGUCCUUGAAGAGGGAAAUGGAGAAGAGCUUGCUCCUGUUUCUUCUAUGCCUACCCCAGUUGCCUGA